AUGGACGACCUGAGCGCCAAGUUCGUCGCCCAGAAGAUCGGAAAGGCCCGCUGGAGGCCGCUGCCUCCCGGCAGCCUGCAGACCGCCGAGACCUUCGCCACGGGGUCUUGGGACAACGAGAAAAAUUUCGUGUCGCUGUGGUCCGUGGGCGAUUUCGGGAAUGGUGAAGGAGGGUUGGAUGGAGAUCAUCAGUUGUUGUGUGAUAUCAGACAUCAAGGCGAUGUGAUGGACUUGCAAUUUUUUGACCAGGAAAGAAUUGUAGCUGCUUCUUCAACAGGAUGUGUCACUAUUUUUCUUCACCAUCCAAAAAAUCAGAUAUCUAUUAAUCCACAAUGGACGAGACGCUCACUACACAUGGGCCAGGGCAGUCCUUCCUACAGCAGUGCUCCAUGCACAGGCAUUGUGUGUAGCAAUCCAGAAAUUGUCACAGUGGGAGAAGAUGGUCGAAUCAAUCUUUUCAAAGCAGAUCACAAGGAACCUGUGAGAACUAUAGACAAUGCAGAUAGCAGCACGCUCCAUGCAGUGACCUUUCUUCGAACUCCUGAGAUUGUUACAGUGAAUUCGAUUGGACAGUUAAAAAUAUGGGAUUUCAGACAACAAGGAAAUGAGCCCUCUCAGAUAUUAUCGCUGACUGGGGACCGAGUGCCGCUCCACUGUGUGGACAGACAUCCUAACCAGCAGCACAUCGUGGCCACUGGUGGCCAGGACGGAAUGUUGAGUAUUUGGGAUGUUAGGCAAGGCGUUAUGCCUGUGUCUCUGCUGAAGGCUCAUGAAGCUGAAAUGUGGGAAGUUCACUUUCAUCCAUCAAACCCAGAUCAUCUUUUUACUUGUUCUGAAGAUGGAUCCCUCUGGCACUGGGAUGCCUCCAUAGAUGUACCGGAAAAAUCUUCUCUCUUUCACCAAGGAGGAAGAAAUAGUACUUUUUUGUCUCAUAGCCUUAGUAACCAGGCCAACGUUCCCCAGUCUCUCGUGAGCAACUGGCUCAGCUCUGAUCCUGCCAAAGACCGUAUUGAAAUCACAAGCUUACUUCCCAACAGAACUUUGUCUGUGAAUAGUUUGGAUGUUUUAGGUCCUUGUCUUGUUUGUGGAACUGAUGCAGAAGCAAUUUAUGUGACUAGACAACUUUUUUCAUGAAAGUACGGUAAUUACAAAACUUCAGGUUCAAUAUAGAGUUAGCCUUCCAAAUUCCAACUUCUAUGCAAAGUUUUAUUAUUGGAAAAUGGGAAAUUUGCAGAGAAGACAUUAGUUAGAUAGAUAGAUAAUGCGCACUUCUGGCUUUCAGUCGUUGGAUAUUCUAACCGCUGUAGAAUCUGGAUGGCAAAUGGUGAUGAAUUUGUAGAAGAUCAUCAGCUGGAUCUCUGCUGAGUACACUGCCUUCAAACUAUCAUGAACUGCUCGUGGAACUGAUUCUCAUCAUUGGAU